AUGGCACAAUUCAUUCCCCGCGCCGCAUUCCCCUCCCAACUCUCCCUCCCACGCUCUUAUUUCCUAGGCCAUCAUGCCUCCGGCCUCGCGAGAAUGAAAACCAUGCUCUCCUCCAUCGACCUGAUCAUUGAAUGCCGCGACUACCGCGUCCCUCUCACCUCGCGGAAUCCCUUAUUCGAACAGUCGCUUGCUGGGCGGGAGAGAUUGGUCAUCUAUACAAAGCGGGAUUUAGGGAGUCUGGGGAGGCCUUCAGAUAGACGGAGAGAAGAUAUAAUCCGCCGCUGGCAUCUCCCAAACACAACGCUCUUCACAGACCACAAAUCCAAACGCGACAUAAAGACCGUCCUGGCAUUCGCCAAAGCCCACUCCAUAGCCCUGGACUCCCUCCUCGGCUCGCGCAUUCUCGUAGUCGGCAUGCCCAACGUCGGGAAAUCGUCCCUACUAAACGCGCUGCGCAUGGCGGGCGUGAAACGCGCCAAAGCCGCGAACACGGGCGCGCAGCCGGGGGUGACGAGGAAGAUUGCGAGUGGUGUGAAGAUUGUGGAUCGCGAUGAUGAGAAGGGCGUUGAGGGCGUGUAUCUGGUUGAUACGCCCGGCGUGUUCAUACCGUUCGUGCCGGAUUCCGAGGCGAUGAUGAAACUCGCGCUCGUGGGCAGCGUGAAGGAUACGAUUAUCGCGCCGGUGACGCUGUGUGAUUAUCUGCUGUAUUGGAUGAAUAGGAAUGUGGAGGGCGGGGAGGGGUUGUAUGGGGAGUAUUGCGCGCCGACUAAUGAUGUGGUGGAGUUGCUGGAGAGCGUGUGUAAGAAGACGGGGAGGCUAGGGAAGGGGGGCGUGCCGGAUCUAGAUGCGGCUGCGCUGUGGGUGGUGCAGAGGUGGAGACAGGGGCAUCUGGGGACGUUUCUGUUGGAUGAGGUGCUGGAGGAUGGGUUGGUGAGGAAGAUGGAUGAGGAGGUUGUCGUUAGUCUCAGUCAGGCCAGGAAGCAGAAGAAACAGGAGCAGGUAGCCAGGGCGAAAAGCAGACAUGCUCCUGCUGAUGUAUGA